AUGAGCUCGAGCAGUAGUGAUGAGAACGACACCACAAUUCAACGAUCAUCGAACGGAGGGCUCUACUCGCAGUCUAGAGCCGGCUCAUCCAAAAGAUCAAGUGUCCGUCACGACGUCAGUGAUGCCGAAGAAGAAGAGGAACACUACGCCAGGUUUCGAGAGGAAUCGGUGAGAUUAUUAAAGAUCUGCUCAGGGUUCAUAUCCGAUUGUUGCAGGUGAUUGACGUGGACGAUGCCAUCACAGUUCUUCUUUCUUCUCUUCAUUUUGAACAGAACCGAUCCGUUGUUCCGACCGAUCAAGACGAUGAUGAAUUACGAGAAUUGCAUCAAAAAAUAUUCAAAAUCAUAACGAACGAACCGGAUUUGCAAAGGUAUUUGUGAACAUACUUUUUAAUGAUCUCAUUUUUUAUCGAGUUCCAGAAGGCGCCGUCUAAAGAAAGCAUGGGAAGCGUCGAAUUGUGUUCGUGAACAAGUGUAUUAUCUCCGACGGAAACCCUCAAACCCGAAUUCCUCUUAUUAUCAUCGCCUCAGUACCGUAUUGCACAUAAUCGUAAAAGGAUCAUUUGGAGACGAGUAUCGGAAGUUGGCGACUGUGCUCGGUGUCGUGGAAGCUCUUGCCGAAGUGUUGAUUCUUGAAGUGAUGGUGUUCGGAAUGCCGGAGAACAAUUCGAACGAGCACAGAACCAUCAGAAAGCUCAUCGCGAAUGCGUUGACGAAUUUGACCUAUGGUCAGAUUCACUCGAAACGCCGUCUUUGUGCCUAUGACGGAUUCAUACGAUGCGUAGUUCGAAUCAUAAUCGAGUCUCCGAACAUCACUCAAGUGUACGCAGGACUCAUUCGGAAUCUCUCAUGGAACGCCGACUCGGGAAUGAGCGAGGCUCUGCAGCCGACAGUGAAAGCGCUAGCAAUUGCCGCCGUCUUUGCCAGUGAGAAUGGAUUGGAGGUGACGGCAACUCUCUCGGCGCUCUGGAAUCUGGCGGGACACUCUGUUGAGAACAAACGGACAAUCUGUGAGACUCCGAACUGUCUGAAGACUCUGGCGAACCUUCUGUCCCCGGACACUCGCUUCACUUCGCUCGUCGAUCCUGCUACUGGAAUUCUGAAGUAUGUGUCGCAGUAUUUAUCGAAUACUUCGUCACACCUCGAGGUAAUUAAAACUUGCAAACAGAUGUUUUUCAAACCGUUCCAAUUCUUUUCAGCUGCGAAGUGUGCUCAUUAACCGAAUGCUGACUCUACUCAAGAGUGCCUCAUUCACUUGCGUGACUAACACUCUCGGUGCCAUCGGCAACUUGAUCGCCAAAGAUCCGCAUAUGCAGCACUUGAUUCGACAGGAUGCAGCUGCCAUGCAACAGCUUCACGUGCUCCGGAAUUCCAAUCGAGAUGAUAUUCGAAGUGCCGUCAAGUCUGUUCUGAACACUCUGAACCAGCCAAGCAGUCAUCGAUUCGGAGAAAUGGCGCAUUCUGUUGGACCCGGUGCUCAGUUGCUCGCCGAGCCACAGCUUCAAAUGCAGAGUUCGCAUCACGCGUAUCACGGAACCGCGUCGCCACGACUUUUAUCAUUGAGGGCAACUCGAGCAUCACCUGGAAAGUAUAUUCAUCAACAACAACCGCUGCAAAUCGCGACCCCCGACCAAAGAUCAUGCAGUCUUCCCCGUCACUUUGCAGUUCAGAGGAACGGGUAUAUGGCGGGAAUGAUGGCUCAGUCGUACAACCCAAACAUGGAUCCGCAACAGCAGCAGCAGAUGAUGUUCCAGAUGCAACAGCAAAUGGUAAGCCUUAAUGAUUUUCGUCAAACUAACCACCUUCUAGUUCCAGUCUGACGAGCAGAAGCAGCAGAUGAUGUACCUCCAGCAGCAACAGAAAUUACAUCAGCAGCAGCAGUUCCAGCAGAUGCAACAAAUGGCACAGCAACAGAUUGCGGAGCAGCCUGCCGAAGCGGAUCUCGAUAUUCCGACGUCCACAGUGAUGGGAACGCGGAGUAACAGCGAACGGAGCCUAGGAUCCAUGAAUCCGGGAAGUGUCAUGACGACCGGAGGAUGGAAUUCCACCCUCGAUACAGCAAACAACAGCUCUCGUGCUCUUUCUCCCGUUUCGAUGACGGACAUUCCGGCGUCGCCAACGAUGUGUGCUCAAGUGUACUAUCCCGAUCAACAACAAUCUCAAAAUGCGGCCACUCCUUCGAAUAACGCCAUGCAAAACACCACUCACUACAGCAGCGGAUCGGCAAAUACGAUGACAAGAAGUGACGGAACGACAGUCCCGAUGGACAAUCUGAUCACUCCGACGUAUGCUCUUCUGAAUCCCGGGAGUCAGGACCAGCAAACACCAAAUGCAAAUUCCUUUCGGAAAACACCAGAAGAUAUCGACAGUCCGGACGAUGUCCUUCCGGGUCCGUCACUUGAAGAGGAAGAGGGAGAUUACGCGAUCAUUGGGGGAGCCGCCCCGAAAGCGGAUGAGGAUCUGCUGACUCGAUCGAUCCAGUCAGAAAUGCCGACGUCGUCAUCUACACCAAAGAUGAAGGUGUCUCCUCGUCUCAACGGAUUCUUCUCUCCUACACAGAAAUCCACUCCUUCCUCGUCGUCCCCCUGGAGUCAUCCGAAUGCCUCACCGAUUCCGAAGAUUUCAAAUCAUCAUCGGACUCAUCUUGAAGAAGCCACCGAUGCUGAUCGUCUACUGGUGGAAUCCAUUAUGGCGGAGAUGCCGAGGAGUCGGAUAAUAUCUCCACGAUCUCCAGGAGGACAAUAUCUCGAGCCGGAGCGAAGAAGUCAUUCAAAAAACGAGGAAGCCGAUCGCCGCGACGUGUUCAUCGCAUCGCAUGAGCCCAGCGAUCCAGGCAUGAACAUGACAAGAGGCUCGGAGAAGAUGAUGGCGAAUCUACAGAGGAUGGAGUCAUUGGAGAGUCAGGCAAGCAGUGAAGACAGCUUCGGACUGACUUCUGAGCAAGAGGGAGCGAACACGUCAUCAUCGGCCACGCAUACGAUGAGAAUCGAAGACGACGAAGUUGAUGCGUCGCUUCCAAUGGACUGUCUGGGUGACGAUGACUACGAUUAUACUGAUGAUCACUUUGAAGACUACUAUGAGGACGAAGAGGAUCCCGAUGCGACACAAUUUGAUGACGGGAUCGAUCCGCACUUGACAAUCGACUGUUCGAUGAUUUCGAGUGGGAGCGGAAGUGGCUCAUCACUUCCGAGAGGCGAAACGACCACGACUUCGCGGGAUUCGGGAGCACUCGCCACUUCCACGCCGAAAGGAUCCGCCACUUCCAUUCCCGGAGUGAGGAGAGCCACGAGAGUGGCGACGAAUGGAAAGACGAGGCUUCCUGUGCCAAAGACCAACGGAUCUCUUGUUGAUAAGGUAAGUAUUCACACUUUCUUCGGUUCUUUUUAAGCCGAUUUUUCAGAUCCGCAAACCUGUUGCAACGAGUCGUCCACGUCUUCCACCGAAACCAACGCUGUUGAAAGACAAGCACUAUCCAGAGGAAGAAAUGAUCGAGAAUCAGACACGGGACGAGACAAUCUACGUGAAUGCUCCAAUCGUGGAGGCGGAACAGGAGCGAAUCUACAUGAACGCGAUUCGUCGAAAUCAACAAAAAAAUGAUGAUUCGUCGUCCAUCGGCAGUGGAACUUCAACAGCCAAAUCGGCGAUUGUGACGCCCUACAAUUAUCAGAAACCGCCUUUUAUCGUAAGUCGGAAGAAAACGAGAUUUCUCAUCAUAUUUCAAAUGCUUCCAGACUCGAAGCAGUGCAGACAUGAACAACGAAAAGAGCGUGCAACCGAAUUCGAAGCAGAUGCUCGUCACGAUUGUCUGA